AUGCACCCCGCGGUCUCUCUGCGCGCUUCUUCUUCGCUGUCUCUCUCGUCCUUUGCGCCUCGCAUCCGUCUCGCCAGCUCUCUGCCUCUUCUGUCUCGGUCUCAGCUCUGUUUCCGGCCCCAGGCUCCCAUCCUCGCCCGCAACAUGGCAACUUCAGCGCCGUCGAAGAAAGAAUGGAUCGUCAUGCUGCCUGACAAGCCGGGCAUGCUGGCAAAGCGGGUGGAAGUUCGCAAAACCUCGGCCCGAUACUGGAAUCCGGGUUCCUCAAGAUGGGAGUUCUUUGACCGAGCCCUGACGCCCCUUGCUGCUGCUGCAGGCUCGAUGCUUGACCACCACCCGGCGGAGGGCGAGAACCCUCCACCCAUGAACGGGAGCACCCUCAUUGUCGCUGCCGAAGGUGUUGAGGAGAUCCGUGAGAUCUUAUCCAAGGACAUCUAUGCUACCUCUGGCGUAUGGGAUCUUGACAACGUAAGGUCCUUUUGGCCCCGGCUUGCUCGUGAUCAUGUUUACUGA